UUGGCAAAAUAUUUUCUCUGAAUUUUUGGAACAUUUUCAGGUUAUGUUGUGGUUAUGAUAGCGAAACAUUAGAAAGAAAAAUAAUUAGAACAUUUAAUAAUGUCCUUUUUAUCCUACGCGUCAAUAGUUCUAAAAAAGGCCGCUACAUUACGAUAUUCAUUGAAGAGGAACUGUGUUAAAAUUAAUAAUAGCGCAACUUUUAGUUCGGCUGUAACGAAAACAAUUCACGAUGUCAACACGAACGUUACAAAAGAUGUAAUACUAUUUAAAUACGAGAAUCCUAAAUUCUAUAUGUACAUGAAUAUAUUUGCCGUCGUCCAGUAUAUGUUUUGGACGUAUUUAGGAAUGUUCGCCUUACAAAAUCUAAAAGACGCCCCUGUGGAUAAAUCUGCAAUUUCUGAAGAUACUCCUUGGUAUAGAAAAAUAAAUUUGGGUGAAAAUAAGUACAGGAAUACUCUAGGAGCUGUAGCAGUUGUUAUUGGAUUUGGUUCCUUAGCCAUGAUAUGGAUGUACACUCUCAAAUCGGUGCGCUACCUAAUCCUAAACAAGGGAGGCCACCAUCUAACUUUCAUCACAUACUCACCCUUUGGAAACAAUAGAAUGAUGAAGGUACCUAUUGAAUUUGUGUGUUGCAAGGAAAGUCGAAAGCUGGCUAAAGUUCAGCUUCCUUUGAAGGUGAAAAACACAGCAAUGCAUUAUAUGCUAGACAUGAGGGGGGAAUUCAAAAAUCCAUUGCUUUUUGAUUGUACAGCUGGUUUGAAGAGAACAUGGUGAACCUUAGUGUUUUACUACUUGUUAAAAUCAAAGUCAGAUCAGGAAAAUAUGUACAUACAGCAUUUCAUGUCUAAGUAAAAUAUUUUUAUUUUGCUUGAAGAACUGUUUAGGUUGGUGAAUUACCUAGCUAGCUUAAAGCUUAAAGAUUGUAAAAAUCUGGAUGGAUUCUUAUCAUUAAUCAUCAUUUCAUUAUUAUUGUA